GUGACAAUAAGUUAACAGUUAAUUGACGCCAUUCGCGCUUGUGUUCUUAUUCCGGAGGAGUUCGUCUUAAUAAAGUGGAAAAGUGUUAUUUGUAGAGUCAAAAGCGCGUGAAAGUAAUAGAGGCUCCUUCAAUGGGUCUCAAAGAAUAUUUGUCAUAGGGCAUUUUGAGCUUUUUCGUCAAGGCAACUUGGAAAAACGGUGAAGAUGUCGAUCAAUUACAUCCAAAUGCCCAAUCCGGACGUGCCGCAAAUUGAUGCGACACAAAUGAAUACGUUUCGUAGCUAUGUAACUAUUUUGGCCGACCCAAGUGGAAAAGAUGAAAUUAAAUUGAAGGCGGCACAAGAAUUGAGUGAAAAUUUCGAGUUGAUUGUCCAGAGCACGGCAUAUCCCCCAUUUCUGGAGCAUUCUAUGAAAAUAUUCAUAAAAAUUCUACAGGAUGGCGAGCCACAAUUUAUAUUGGAGAACACAACUCAACACGUGCGCAAGUUAAUAUUAGAGAUGAUCCACCGCCUUCCGAUAUCUGAAACACUGAGACCCUAUGUGAAACCAAUCAUUUCCCUGAUGCUAAAACUACUACGUACUGAUAACGAAGAAAAUGUUUUGGUAUGUCUUCGGAUAAUUAUCGAAUUGCACAAGCACUUUCGACCAUCUUAUAAUACGGAGAUCCAACACUUUUUAGCAUUCGUCAAAGACAUUUACAAGGAAUUGCCUAAACAUAUGUCAAAAAUUUUCGAACCCUCUACUCCAAUUGUAGUUAAGGAUUUGAAGGAACUGAAUUUAGAGCAAAUUUUAUCCGAAGCAUAUACGGCGAAAACAAUCCAGAUUGAAAAAACAGAGGGCGGAACUGCUUCGCCAGCGUAUAAUUUAUUGCCAAAAGGGCUGCUCUCUUUGAAAGUACUUCAGGAGCUUCCAAUCAUUGUUGUUCUGAUGUAUCAAAUUUAUAAGCAAUUGGUUCAUCAAGAGGUAGAGGAGUUUAUACCUCAUAUAAUGGAAACAAUCACCUUAGCACCACCCAUCGAACAAAGGCUUUCACCGACAUUUAACAAAGAAAUAUUUGUUGACUUCAUGGGAGCACAAAUUAAGACUCUUUCGUUUUUAGCGUACAUCAUCCGUCUUUUUCAGGAUCAAAUUGCAAACCAUUCCGCUUCCGUUGUGAAGGGCAUGAUCAGUCUUAUGCAGCUAUGUCCGAAAGAAGCUGCGAAUUUACGCAAAGAACUUCUGGUUGCUGCCCGUCAUAUAUUCGCCACGGAUUUGAGAUUAAAAUUUGUUCCAACAAUUGAGCGUCUUUUCGAUGAAGAAAUGUUAAUUGGGAAAGGUGUAACAGUCGAUACAAUUCGACCACUAGCAUACUCGACAUUGGCGGACUUGGCGCACCAUGUCCGCCAACAUUUGAGCUUACAAGUUCUGGAAAAAGCCGCUAAUUUAUUUUCCAAAAAUGUUCACGAUGAAUCUUUGGCAACUAGUAUCCAAACAAUGUCAUGCAAAUUACUAUUGAAUUUGGUAGACUGCAUUCGUCUACGUAGUGAAACUGAUUCGCCAAAAGCCCGAGAUCUUUUGAUUAUGUUAUUGAAAGUAUUUGCAUUGAAGUUUAAGACUAUAGCAAAGGUGCAAUUGCCACAAAUUAUGGCGAAAUGGAAAUCAAUGAAGGCAGAACAAACGAAUACUCAAGGUCAGCAAAUAAACGCAACAGACGGAGCGAAGGAUCCUUUAUUGGAUGUUCCGCCAACUGAUCAAACGUUCAAACUGAGUAGCAUAGGAAUACCACCUCCAAAUAAUUUAAGUGUGACUGAGUACAGAAGCUUGGUAAAAACCUUAGUUGGCGGUAUCAAGACAAUUACAUGGGGAUGUGCUAGUUGCAGGUCUCCCCUCACUGAUAUAAUCCCACAAGGCCAACAAACAAAACUAUUCCAACCGGAAGAAGUACUCAUUUUUAUUGACCUUGUGCAGUGGGCCUUGGAAGCGUUAGAUAUCUAUACAAUAAAUGUGCCCACUGUUGGUCAAAAUGCAAAUCAAAUGAAAAUGGCUGGCCAAGUACCACGAUCUAAAGAGGAAAAAGAAGUACUUGAGCACUUUAGUGGUGUGUUUCUGAUGAUGAAUAGUCAAAACUUUCAAGAAAUAUUUGCUUACACCAUCGAUUUCAUGGUGGAACGAAUCUACAAAAAUUCUGCACUUCAAGUUAUCGCUAACUCAUUUCUUGCCAAUCCUGCUACGUCACCACUAUUCGCAACAGUAUUAGUUGAAUAUUUAUUAGAAAGGAUGGAAGAGAUGGGUUCUAAUUUGGAAAGAUCGAAUUUAUACCUUCGGCUUUUCAAAUUGGUGUUUGGAAGUGUUAGUUUAUUUGCUGCUCAAAAUGAACACAUGCUUCGUCCGCAUUUGCAUAAUAUUGUGAAUCGUUCAAUGGAAUUAGCGAUGACAGCGAAAGAGCCGUAUAACUACUUUUUACUGUUGCGAGCUUUGUUCAGGUCCAUUGGCGGGGGAAGCCACGAUCUGCUUUAUCAGGAAUUCUUACCGUUGCUGCCUAAUUUAUUGGAAGGAUUAAAUCGAUUGCAAAGUGGUUUUCAUAAACAACAUAUGAAAGAUCUUUUUGUGGAGCUAUGCCUAACAGUGCCAGUACGACUAUCAUCUCUUUUACCCUAUUUGCCAAUGCUUAUGGAUCCAUUGGUGUCUGCUUUGAAUGGGUCGCAUACAUUGAUCAGUCAAGGUCUUCGUACUUUAGAACUUUGCGUAGAUAAUCUUCAACCAGAUUUUCUUUACGAUCACAUUCAACCAGUUCGAGCUGAUUUAAUGCAAGCUCUUUGGCGGACUUUGCGCAAUCAAGACAGCGCUGCUGUGGUAGCCUUUAGAGUUUUGGGUAAAUUUGGCGGUGGCAACAGAAAAAUGAUGAUUGAACCUCAACGACUGGAAUAUCACGAUAAAGACACUCUAAGUCCAGCGAUAAUUGCCUACUUCCAGGAACAUCGAAAACCAAUCGAAUUCCCUGUUGAUAUGGUCAUUGAGACCGCCUUCAAUGCUUUGAACUCGAAUACAACAGACCCAUUCUAUCGCAAGCAAAGUUGGGAAGUUAUACGUUGCUUCCUAGCUGCAUCGGCUUGUCUAGAGGACGACAAACACACCUUGCAGAAACUAUUUAUGCAUCCUACUUUUGUGGAAGGCAAUAUCGGCACCUUCCGAGCAGCGCAAUAUAAAUCGCAAGAAGUCCAAGCGCGUAAAACACAUCAAACUGCUUUGACUGGAAUGAUUGUUGCCGCGGCAACGAAAGAACUGCGGGAGUCAGUUUUUCCAAUAAUGGUCGCGGUGGUGCGUCACUAUACUAUGGUGGCAAUAGCUCAACAGGCUGGUCCUUUCCCAUAUAAACACUAUGUUAUGAAUAGUAGCAUCGAUCCCCUAGUGUUGAUUGAUGCGUUGGCCGUUUGCAUGGGCCACGAAGAAAAAGAAUUAUGCAAGCCGGGACAAUUAUGUAUUCUAUUAAUUUUGGAGACGGCUACGCAAAUCAUGGGUAAUAAAGAGCGGGCUUGUCGUUUACCUUUGAUGCAGUACUUAGCUGAAAGAAUGUCUGCUCUUUGCUAUGAACGUCCAUGGUAUGCAAAGAUGGGUGGUUGUAAAGCAUUGAAAUGUUUGUACAAGCACAUGGCAAUGCGUUGGCUGUACCAACAUUUAUUCGUAUUUUUGAAAGCAUUUAUGUUUGUCAUUAUGGAUUUGGCUGGAGAGGUAUCUAGUGGAGCAAUAGAUGUAGCUAAAAAUUACUUAGAGAAUAUGCUUCGUAUAUGCAUGGAGCCUUUGAAAGAUUGUAAAAACAAAGAGUUGGUUGAUACUCAAAAUAAGGCAAUGUAUGAAGUUAUUCACGAAUUAGUGCGACAAGUGACAAGUCCAAAUACACUAGUAAGGGAACAAGCGAUGGCUUCUUUGCGUUUAAUUGCCGAAUUGCAAAAUAAAACUGUGACGGAAGUAAUGGAUCCCCAUCGGGAAGUUUUAGUGGAUAUAAUACCACCUAGGAAACAUCUGUUCCGACAUCAGCCAGCCAGUGCCCAAAUUGGUCUAAUGGAUGGAAAUACGUUCUGUACCACGUUGGAACCAAGACUGUUCACAAUUGAUCUAAGUGACAAUUUCCAUAAGCUAUUCUUCCAUGAGUUAAUUACAUUGAGCGAAGCUGAGGACUCCACUUUGAUCAAAUUAGAUUGCUAUAAACACGUGACAAAUUUGGUGCCACUUCGCAAGAGUGCGCUUCGAGCAUUAGCAGCGUGCCAUUAUAUAACGGACGGAGAAUAUCGUGAUAAAAUUCGUUCGAUAUUAUUCAAAGUUUUAGAGAAAAACAACCCGGAAUUGCAGGAAGCUGCAUUUGAAUGUAUGCAGAAAUUUAUAUCAGGCUUUAGAAUUGAUAAGGAAGUGGUGAACACGAACAUGCGACCGCUUCUCAUAACGCUUGGAGACUAUCGAAACCUUACAUUGAAUGGAACGAAACGAUUGUCUUACUUAACGCAACUUUUCCCGUCAAUGUUCAAUGAGAAAUUCUGCGAACAAUUAUUGCAAUUAGUACAAAAAAUGUCGGAAAUAUCGAUACAGACUCAUAAAGGCAAAAAUUUCCUAGCUGUAGCGAAAACGGGUGAUUUUGAACAGAAAAUCACAACUAUAAUUGGGAUCUUCCAUCAAAUUCCAGCGGCAUCAUCAAAGUUUAUCGAUAGUCUUUGUCAGCUUGUUUUGACUACUGAGAAAAGCUUAUUGAUUGAACCGUCCUGUCCGUAUCGAGAGCCACUAUUUAAGUUUCUACUGAGAUAUCCUACUGAAACAAUAAAUUUGUUUAUGGCUGAUAAUAACGUUGUCAACGGACAAUGGAACAGGUUCAUGAUGUAUCUCAUUAAGCACAAAGAUGGGUUGCCCUUCCGCGAUGUUAUGCAAAAGAACAAGGUUCGAUUGAUGCAGCUUAUACACAGCAAUAAUCAACAAUCACUGCAGUCGUAUAGCGUGCAACAACGCUAUGAAGCACAACACCAAGCUGUCCUGAUUGUUCAUACCCUUAUUGAGUUCAAUGAUCAGUGGUUAGCUACCCAAGAUGGAAUAGUUUCGGCAUUGCGGCAUCUAUGGAUGAACGAUCUCUAUAGCACAAUCGAACUGUCUGUAGCUUGCGAUUUAUGGCAUCUUGUGGGCAAAGUUUUAUUGUUCCACUUUUCAAACAACAAUCACGAUAUUGAGCUUCUGUUUCAACUGUUGCGCGCUCUAUGUUUGCAUUUUGUGCCAGAUUUUCAAUUUUUACGAGAUUUCCUACAGAAUACGGUGGCACAAACUUAUCCAGUUGAAUGGAAGCGUAAGGCUUUCUUCCAUUUCGUCGAUAAUUUCAACAAUCCUGCAUUGUCGGAAGAAUUGAAAGCCAAGAUUUUGACAACGGUACUGAUACCUUCUUUUGCGGUUAGUUUUGACAAGGGAGAGGGCAACCAAUUGAUUGGUGCUCCCCCAGCACCCUACCACGAAGAUGAUAACAAUGUGGUUUCCGUAUUUAUUAGUAAGGUGUUCGAUCCAGAAAAACCAUUUGCAAAUGAGGAUUGCGUUCGAAUUGCUUUACUCCAAUUCGCUUGCCUUUUAGUAGAGAGAGCUUCACCGCAUAUUCACGAUGGUGAUGCCAACAACAAACGUCAAGGCAACAAAUUGCGACGCCUCAUGACAUUCGCUUGGCCGUGUCUGCUAAGCAAAAAUUGUGUGGACCCUACAGCAAGAUAUCAUGGGCAUCUUUUAUUGGCGCAUAUAAUUGCACGUCUUGCAAUCCACAAGAAAAUCAUUUUGCAAGUAUUCCAUUCCUUGUUGAAAGGACAUGCAUUGGAAGCGAGACCUGUUGUACGUCAAGCAUUAGAUGUACUUACACCGGCUAUGCCUUUACGAAUGGAAGAUGAAAACACAAUGCUCACUCAUUGGACAAAGAAAAUAAUUGUAGAGGAAGGCCACUCAAUGCAACAGUUGUUUCACAUUUUGCAGUUGAUUGUUCGCCAUUAUAAGGUAUAUUACCCUGUUCGCCACCACUUAGUUCAGCAUAUGAUUAAUUAUAUGCAACGCCUUGGAUUCCCUACGACUUCAUCAAUCGACUACAGAAAACUUGCUGUUGAAUUAGCAGAGGUGAUAAUCAAAUGGGAAUUACAAAGAAUUAAGGACGAAACAGCUGGAUCUGAGGGCGAUGAUGAGAAUGCUGGGGAAGUCAAAGUGGGUGCUUCUGGAGCAAUAAAGCGCACAAUUCCUGAUGAUCCUUAUGAAAAUAGGAAGAAGUUAGCAACAGGUGAAACUGUUCCACAACAGCAACCAGUUGCAGGAAGCUCACGAAGUCAAGCAAAAAUAGAAGCUGCAAGUCGACCUAUUGACAAAGUCCAUUGCGACACUGUGCUCAACUUUUUGAUUCGUCUUGCAUGUCAAGUAAAUGACCUUCAAACAACGCCAGGUAUUGCCUCGCCAGGGGAAAGUCUGUCUCGAAGAUGUGUUAUGUUACUCAAAAUGGCGAUGAAACCAGAUGUGUGGUCUCAGCCAUUCGACCUGAAACUUGGUUGGAUGGAUAAGGUAUUCGGCAGCGUUGAAAGCCAACAAGCAAAUUUCGGAAAUAUUUGCACAGGGCUGGAACUCCUCACAUUCCUUUUGACUAUACUGAAGAAAGAUCAAAUCCUAGCUAUUAUACGACCAAUCCAACGUGGUCUUGCGGCGUGCGUGACAUGUCAAAAUACACGUGUAAUUCGAUUGAUGCAUGCUCUUCUGUCGCGUCUUAUGAGUAUCUUCCCAUGCGACUCUCAUAACAAACACGAAGAAUUGGAAACACUCUACGUAACGGUUAGUAAAAUGAUACAAGAAGGAUUGGCAACAUACGAGAAAACACCGCAGCCGAACCCAUCGACUUUGUUCGGAACGCUCAUGAUUCUGAAAGCGUGUUGCAUCAAUAAUCAGAGUUAUAUUGAUCGACUCAUAAUGCCUUUUAUAAGAUUGUUAAAUCGCUUGGCUAAAGAUCAUACGAGCACAAACACAACAGCUAACUCCGCACAAGUGGAGGGUAGUUCUUUGGCGUUAGAAUUGUUGAUUUUGUCGUUGGAUUUAGUGAAGAAUCGUGUCGUUGUGAUGGGCGUGGAGAUCCGAAAAAUAUUUAUUGGUCAGAUUUUAGUGAGCUUGAUUGAAAAAUGUACCGACUCCAAGAUCUUGAAGUCAAUUGUAAAAAUGAUCGAAGAUUGGAUGAAAAACAAAAACCCACCAGUAACCGUUACACAAGCACCAACCUUACGUGAGAAAUCAAUAUUGCUGGUGAAAUUAAUGCAUUACGUUGAGAAACGCUUCGCUGAUGACCAAGAGUUAAAUGCUCAAUAUUUAGAAUUAGUCAAUUACAUUUAUCGUGACGAUCAAUUGAAACAAACUGAGCUGACUGCAAAACUGGAAGGAGCGUUUUUAGCUGGAUUACGAUGCAAUCAACCUCAUAUCCGAGCGAAAUUCUUUGAAGUAUUUGACGGAUCAAUGCGUCGUCGAUUACAUGAUCGUUUAUUAUAUAUAAUAUGCUCGCAAGCCUGGGAUGCGAUUGGACCUCAUUACUGGAUAAAACAAUGUAUUGAACUUUUGAUUUUGACUACGAACACAUCAACUCAAAUUCAGAAUGCUAACGAAAUGCAUUUGCUUCCGAGCAUAUCUUCUGUGAUUAAUUGUGCAGACUCAGAGGAGAAAAAGGAUUUCGUCAUCUAUACUCCAUUGCAAACUGAUCAGAGUGAGCAGCUUGAGACAAUCGAAGACAAAGAGGACGUUUUCGAUAUGGAUAUGAGCGUUGAUUCAAAUAUUUCGCGCCGGGAGGACAGUGAACGGCCGGUUCCGAAUCGUCAAGCCUUACUCACGCGGCUCAUCAGUCGUCAAGCAGAAUUUCUCGAAGCAAAUCGAAAGAUUCGCACUGAACAAUUAUUAGUAGCGACUGCUCAACUAUGUCAUAUGGAUACCCAACUGGCUGAGAGAAUUUGGCUUGAUAUUUUCCCUAAGAUGUGGUCUAUUUUAGAUGAAGGGCAACAACAAGCUAUAGUGCGUGAAAUUGUACCUUUCCUGUCGUCAGGAAUACAUGUUAUACAAAAAGACUGCCAUCCGAGUGCUGUUAAUACUUUCGUAGAAGCGCUAACGCAUUGCGACCCACAAAUUUACAUUCCUCCGAACUUAAUUACUUACCUAGGCAAAGCGCAUAAUUUAUGGCAUCGAAUGACUCUGUUGUUAGAAGAAAUGGUGCUCGACUGGCCCGCAAAGAAAGAUAGAUACCAGGAUCAUUCCGAUAUCGAUUUAUCAGAGUAUGAUUUGCUGGAAAACACAAAUUCAAUCAUUUACGAUCCCCUAUCGCAAAUGUAUUCGGCUCUACAGGAGGAGGAUUUGUGGGCUGGAUUGUGGCUGAGGUACGCUAAGUACCCGGAAACAAAUACCGCGAUUGCUUAUGAACAGAUGGGAUUUUUCGAAGAAGCCCAAGGCGCAUACGAUUUGGCGAUGUCUAAAUUCAAACAGGAGGUGUCAAGCGGUCCAGCACAAAUUGAUAUCAACAGCGAAUUGAUGCUCUGGGAGAACCAUUGGAUUCGCUGUGCAAAAGAACUGAAUCAAUGGGACAUCCUGCUCGACUAUGCUCAAUCUCACAAAGACAAAAAAUCUUUCUUGAUUAUGGAGUGUGCAUGGCGAGUGCCCGACUGGAAUUUAAUGAAACAAGCUUUGAUCAAAGUCGAGCAAACGAAUCCGAAACAAGACGGUUAUAAAGUGAACUUAUAUCGUGGAUUUUUGGCCAUGUUAAAUCAAGAAGAGCAACAACUGUCUAACGUUGAGCGCUAUGUAGAAAUGGCUUCUCAUCACUGCAUGCGUGAAUGGAGACGUUUGCCACACAUUGUUUCGCACAUCCACUUGCCUAUCUUACAAGCGGCUCAGCAAAUCAUGGAACUGUCAGAAGCAAUGAACAUUCAUCAAGGACUUCAAGAGAUGCGAGCACAUGCUCUACAUGAUAUGAAAGCGAUUGUGAAGACAUGGCGUAAUCGAUUGCCUGUCAUUGCUGAUGAUUUGUCACAUUGGAGCGAUAUAUUUACAUGGCGACAGCAUCACUAUCAAAUCAUUACGCAGCAUUUGGAGCAACAACAGGAACAGAACAACCCCACAAUGCUAGGUGUGCAUGCUUCUGUACAGGCAAUCAUACACUUUGGAAAGAUGGCAAGGAAGCAUAAUUUAACUGGUGUUUGUCAAGAGUCACUUUCGAGGAUCUACACUAUACCGUCCGUGCCGAUUGUAGAUUGCUUCCAGAAAAUACGGCAGCAAGUGAAAUGCUACUUACAAAUGGCAUCAGUAAGUGGACGAGUGGAACUGAACGAAGCGCUAAAAGUAAUCGAAUCAACAAAUCUCAAUUACUUCUCCCGCGAAAUGACUGCGGAGUUCUAUGCACUUAAGGGCUUAUUGCUGGCCUUGAUUGGUCGAUCAGAAGACGCAAACAAGGCUUUUAGUGCAGCCAUUCAACUUCACGAUGGUUUGACAAAAGCUUGGGCUCUUUGGGGUGAUUAUUUAGAACAGAAAUUCACCUUAGACUCACCCUCGAAUAGACAAAUGACGAUUGGAGUAAGUGCAAUGACAUGUUUCUUGCAUGCUUGCCGACAUCAAAAUGAAAGCAAAACCAGAAAGUAUUUGGCAAAAGUAUUAUGGCUGUUAUCAUAUGACGACGCAAAAGGGUCGCUUAUGGAUGCUUUGGAAAAGUAUGCCGUCGGAGUUCCACCAUUACAUUGGCUACCGUGGAUUCCACAAUUGCUCUGCUGUCUUGUUCAGUAUGAGGGCAGUGUGAUUUUGAAUUUACUGAGCCAGGUUGGCAGGAUGUAUCCACAAGCCGUUUACUUCCCCAUAAGAACACUUUAUUUGACUCUGAAGAUUGAGCGUCGUGAGAAACACAAGAGUGCGGAACAAGCCCUUCUGGCUAAUAAAUUACAGACUUCAGGCACGCAAACAACCGAUCAGAAUCAGCAGAGCACGGCAAACAGUACCGGUGGUCAACAACCUCAAUCAUCAGAUGGUCAAAUGAAGGCAACCUUACAAAUGUGGCGAUGUUCUAAAGUUAUGCAUGUACAGAGGGAAAUCCAUCCUACCGUUUUAAAUUCACUGGAAGGAAUCGUCGACCAGAUGGUUUGGUUUAGAGAGAAUUGGUAUGAAGAAAUCUUACGUCAGUUGCGGCAGGGUCUGAUCAAAUGCUACGCCAUUGCAUUUGAUAAUCGUAAGGUCGUGAGUGAAGCAACAAUAACGCCUCAUACGCUCCACUUUGUAAAGAAACUCGUGUCGAUAUUUGGCAUCGGUAUCGAGAACAUUUCCAGUUCGGCUGUGUCCGUUCCCUUGUCAGCCGCCUCAGAUUCCUUGGCCAAGCGUGCUCAAGCGACGGUACAGGAUCCCGCCUUCCAAAAGAUGAAGGAACAAUUCACCAAUGAAUUUGAUUUUUCGCAACCAGGCGCAAUGAAAUUGCACAAUCUAAUCAACAAACUGAAGAAAUGGAUAAAAGUACUGGAAGCAAAAACCAAGCAGUUGCCGAAAUCAUUCCUAAUUGAGGAGAAAUGUCGCUUCCUAUCUAACUUCAGCCAGAAAACAGCAGAGGUGGAAUUACCGGGAGAGCUCUUAUUGCCAGGACCAUCGCACUACCACAUCAGAAUUGCACGCUUCAUGCCUCGUGUAGAAAUAGUCCAAAAGCACAACACAGCAGCUCGGCGUUUGUACAUUCGUGGAACCAAUGGAAAGGUCUACCCCUAUCUGGUGGUGAAUGAUUCCGGGUUGGCUGAUGCUAGAAGAGAAGAACGCGUGCUUCAGUUGUUGCGCAUGUUGAAUCAUUACCUAGCCAAACAGAAAGAGACAUCCAGACGUUUCUUGCACAUCACUGUGCCGAGAGUUGUACCUGUUUCUCCGCAAAUGCGAUUUGUUGAAGAUAAUCCAGCAAGCAUUUCCUUGCUAGACAUUUAUAAAAGUGGGUGUAACAAGGUCGGAAUUGAACACGACACUCCGAUCACGCGAUAUUAUGAACGCUUGGCAGAAGUUCAAGCGAGGGGAUCGCAGACAAAUCACAGCGUUUUGAGGGAUAUUUUACGUGAAGUUCAAACUCAAAUGGUGCCGAAGACUUUACUGAAGGAUUGGACCCUGCGAAAUUUCCGUUCGCCUACAGAUUAUUGGCAGUUUAGGAAAAUGUUCACCCUCCAGCUCUCACUAGCCUGUCUGUGUGAACAUGCUCUUCAUUUUACUCGUUUGAAUGCUGACAUGAUGUACGUUCAUCAAGAUUCUGGCUUGAUCAAUAUAUCAUACUUUAAGUUUGAUGUUAAUGAUGCUCUGGGCUCGUUGGAAGCAAAUCGUCCCGUUCCGUUUAGGUUGACUCCGAACAUUGCUGAAUAUUUAUCACCGAUCGGAAUCGCUGGGCCGCUUACUGCCUCCGUAAUUGCAACAGCGCGUUGUCUGGUCCAGCCUAACUUCAAGUUGCCAACUAUUCUCAAAGCUAUCCUGCGUGAUGAAAUCAUUGCUGUGUAUAAAAAGCAAGUCAAGGAUGAAAAACCAGUGGUGGAUACAAACGGGGAAAUUGUAUCGAUUGAAUCGACUGAAAUGGAAAAUAUCAUAAAACUAGUGAAUAAGGCGGUGGAUGAUAUUAUGGACCGACUGAAUAAGAUUUCGUACUUUGACAGUGCUUCGUCAAACAAAAUGGCCUCACUCGUACAAGCUGCUACCAACCCAGAUAACCUGUGCCGAAUGGACCCAGCGUGGCAUCCGUGGCUGUAAACUGGUUCCGUCGAAAAAGCGUUCUGAUAUAAUUUUAUCAUUUAGGCUAAGUAAUGUAUGUUUUUUUAACUAUAUGUAUUGAAAUAUGAUAAGUCCCUAUGUUAUAUGGCAAUUACAAAUAAACGAAGAACAUGUUCUAGAUCAAACUGAA